AUGAGUAUCGAUAACAAGUUGUUUGUCACCGAAGAGGAGGAAGAAGACAGGACGCAGGAUCGUGCUGCUGACGUGGAGGAUGAAUCUAACGAUGUUGAUAUGAUAGAAAGCGAGAACGGAACAAGUUGCGCUGAAGGUAAUAGACAAAGGGAGAACGAGGAAGAGGGGGAAAACGAUGAUGUGGAGGACGAAGAGGAUGACCCGGUAGUGGAAGAGUUGCCAUUGUACAUUUCUGGUAACGACGAAUCGCUACACGUGUUUCAGUACGCAAAUAGACCAAGGCUGGUCGGGCGCAAACCUGCUGAGCAUCCUUUCAUAUCAGCUGCUAGAUAUAAACCCAAGUCGUGUCUGUGGGAAAUAGACAUUCCCUUGGAUGACCAAUCUUUCUACAACAAGGAGAAAGCCGAAGCCGAUUGGAACGGCGUCAAUAUCCAGACCUUGAAAGGUGUCGGCGUGGAGAACGAUGGCCAGUAUGCGGCGUUUGUCAAGGAUAUGCAGGUCUACCUGGUGCCUGUUGAAAGGGUGGCACAGCUGAAACCUUACUUCAGGUACAUCGAUGACGUGAACGUAACAAGAAAGCAGGAAGACGCCAAGAGGAACCCUAAUCCUUCAUCGCAGCGUGCACAAGUGGUCACCAUGUCAGUGAAGAGCGUCAACGAUCCCUCGCAAAAUAGACUCACCGGGUCCUUGCUGGCGCAUAAGGUGGCUGAUGAAGAGGCUAAUCUUGAAUUGACCUGGGCGGAAGAUACUUUUGAGCAAUUCAAAGAUUCUGUCGUGAAGGAAACUGAAGGUAAGAUCCUAAUUGCCUCAGAAAAACAAGAAGAUUACAUAGAUAAUUUAGUUUGA